AUGUGUCUUUUUUUUCUUCCCUUUUUUCUUUUUCUCUUUUUUUUCCCUUUUUCUUUUUUUUUCUCUUUUCUUCUCUUCUUCUCUCCCUUUUUCCUUCUUCUUUUUCUCCUUCUUCUCCCUUCUUUUUCCUCUCUCUCUUUUCUUUCUCUCUCUUUUUCUCUCUCUCUUUCUCUCUUUUCUCUCUCUCUCUUUUUCUCUCUCUUUUUCUCCUCUCUCUCUUUUUCUCCUCUCUCUCUUUUUCUCCUCUCUCUCUUUUUCUCCUCUCUCUCUUUUUCUCCUCUCUCUCUUUUUCUCCUCUCUCUCUUUUUCUCCUCUCUCUCUCUUUUCUUAUUUACACUAUUUACAUGGGGUUUCUUUCUUGGGGGUGGUUCUCUUUUUCUUUUUUUCGGUUCUCUUUCUUUUUUUCAGUUCCCUAUCUUUUCUCUUUUUGGUCUAUUUCUUUUCUUUGUUUGGGUUCUCUUUUUUUGUGAUCACUUUCUUUUUUCUUUUUUUUUUUUCUUUGGCUCUUUUCCUUUGGUUCUUUUUUUUGUUUUCUUUCUUUUUGGUAGGGAGGUUCUCUUUCUUUUUUUUUUUCUUUUUUUGUUCUUUUUUUUUUUUUUUUUGUUUGCUUCCUUUUCUUUGGUUCUCCUUUUUUUUUUUUUUCUUGGUUCUAUUUUUCUUUUUUCUUUUUUUGCUUCUCUUUUUCUUUUCUUUUUCUUUUCUUUUCUUGGUUCUUUUUUCCCUUUUUUAUUUCUCUUUUUUUUCUUUUUCGUUCUCUUCCUUUCUUUUUUUUUUUUCCUUUCGUUUGUUCUCUCUCAUUGUUGUCACCCAAUCUAG